AUGCCUCCGUCCGGUGAUUCUUCCAGCAGCUCCCAUCGCUUUGUGCGUCCAAAGAAGCUACGCCAGGCGACCUUCGUUUUACCGCGGACAGGUCAACGUUUGAAAGGCCUGGUUAAUUUACGAAAGCCGUAUCCCGAGUCGAAUGGCAGCAACGAUGUCGAAGAGCGUCGAGGGCUUCUCUCGGGAGACAUCCGGGCCGACAGCUCAAGUGCUUCGUCCCUUCUGCAGAGGAAAAUAUCGGAUAUAGGGCGUUGGGCACAUCAGUCAGUCUCAUCGGAGCUGGGAAUAGGUGUCUUGAAGUGCAGUCUCGCCUACCUCUUCGGGUCACUGGCGACAUUCGUUCCGGGCAUUGCAUCGUUCCUCGGGCAUCAGGAUGGCAAGCAUGUCGUGGCUACCGUCACGGUGUAUUUUCAUCCCGCGCGAUCGCAGGGCAGCAUGUACAAAGCGUUGAUUUGUGCUCUUCUGGCCUUCCUCUACGCUGCCUUCAUCUCGGUCUUAAGCAUGUGUGUGUCAGUGUUUUUCCAGGAUACAUUACAUCUUCUUCCCGUGGGUUACGCCGUAGUCCUUGUUGCUUUUUGCGGCGGUGGCCUAGGAUUCAUUGGAUGGACGAAGCAGAGGGUUCUGAAAAUGGUCGUGAUGGGUGUUUUCGUUACCAUGGCAGUGUCCUUUGUGAUAUUCCCGAUCUCCGCAAGGAAGAAACUUCGCUCCAAUCUUACUACAGUCACUGAGACGCUGGCGACGAUGUUGGCUCUAAUCACAGAGAGUUUUCUAAGCGGCUCUGAAGAGGAGAUCCAGACGGCGGAAUACAUCAGCGCAUCUGCACGUCAUAAGCAAGCUUAUAAUCAGCUUGAUAAACUUGUCAGGGAAGCCAAGUUGGAGCAUUUUGUGGCAGGAACUGAAAAGGAAUACCGGUUGGAGAAGAAGCUCGUCCGCUGGGUCCAGGACAUAACACAUAAUAUGGGAGGUCUACGAAGUGCGGCUGUGCUGCAAUUUCAGCUCCUAAAACAAACUCAUCUCGCUGAAUCAGUGCAGUUACAUGGCCAUACAACGAGUAUAAAUUGCGUUGGCCUGGGCCCUGUACCAUUACUGAGUCCAUGGUCGCUCCACGAAGAACCCCCGUUCUUAGAACGAAUUGACGAGCGGCCAGAAGAAGAAAGCUCAGAUGUUUUCAGUGAAGAUUGGUCCAAUUCAGGCCUAGAGUCUCAUACGGAAUCCGAAACCAACCAGGCCCUUCUUCCCGCUGAGAUAUUCGCGCUGUUCAUCAACCAUCUGGGACCCUCCAUGCGAUCGCUUGCUUUUACCAUCAAAGAAAUAUUUCGUGAGAUUCCGUUUAAGCCCGGACCCUAUUAUCAGGUCUCGGUCAACAGCAAGUUUCGCACGAGUCUCGAUCGUGCCCUCGAACUCUACCGAGAAUCACGGGAAUCUGCUCUAAACACGAUAUAUAGACACAAAGAAGUUCUUAAAAUCCGGACGUUGGAGGUCGAAGCUGAUCUUGAAGAGGUCUCCGCCAGCUGUGGUCAUUUCAGCUUUUCCCUGCUUGAAUUUGGCGAGCAGCUGAAGGACCUGCUCACGAUCCUAGAUGAACUGCAACUUGAGGCCGAGGAAAGGCCCAAUGGGAGAUCUUGGAGCUGGUUGAAGUUCUGGCGCCGAGAUGGGCCGGGCCAAGGGAAUAGGGAUGCUCUGGACGCGGAGCAGCUAUUGAUUGAGCGAAAUCCCGUCGAGUGUGACAACGGUCUCCAGUUGAACGUGCCCAGCUCCACGCAGUCGCGAAGGAAACCAGCGGUAACAGAGCGACCGCAAGGAGGUCGGCCUGCGAAGAGGAGACUCGCCUAUCGCAUAUGGAAGUCGCUGGGGGUGUUUAGACGAGAUGAUACCAAGUUCGCGAUCAAGGUCGGUGCAGGGGCCGCCCUGUAUGCCCUGCCGUCGUUUCUCUCGUCCACCAGACCGGUCUACUCGCACUGGAGGGGAGAAUGGGGUUUACUGUCCUACAUGUUGGUUUGUUCAAUGACCAUUGGGGCCUCCAACACGACUGGAUAUGCACGGUUCCUCGGAACCUGUUUGGGAGCUCUCUGUGCCAUCCUGGCAUGGUAUGUAACGGGCGGCAACGUUUUCGGACUCGCAUUUUUAGGGCUCCUUAUGGCGACAUGGACCUCCUAUCUCAUACUUGUCAAAGGACAGGGUCCUAUGGGGCGUUUUAUCAUGCUAACAUACAACCUCUCCGUUCUCUACGCCUACUCGCUUACGCAGCAGGAUGGUCCGGACGAUCAAGACGAGGGUGGUGACACUCCGUUCAUUACCGAAAUUGCCCUUCAUCGAGUAGUUGCAGUGCUAUCGGGCUGCAUCUGGGGUGUAUUCAUCACCCGAAUGAUCUGGCCGAUCAGUGCACGGGAGAGGCUCAAGGACGGUCUGAGCCUCCUAUGGCUACGACUGAGUCUGAUCUGGAAACGAGGCGCGUUGUCCACGAUGGCGGAUUCCAGAUGCUUCAUGAGUCCGCGAGAGAAGCUGGAGAUCGAACGAUUUCUGUCACAUCUGGAAUCCCUCCAGGCGUCCGCCCGCUCCGAGUUCGAAUUGAGAUGCCCUUUCCCCGAUGCCGCGUACAGUAAUAUCCUCCGGCGCACAAGGACCUUAGUGGACGCAUUCCUCGCCAUCAACCUCGAGUUGGUCAAGAAUAUGACCGCGUCGGAGGGAGAACUGACAAUUCUGGAGUACACUGCCCAGGAGAGACUGCAGCUCUCUUCCCGCAUUAGCCAUCUCCUCUCUGUCAUGGCUUCAUCGAUGAAGCUGGAAUAUCCGCUGAGCGAGGUUCUUCCGAAUAUUCAGCACGCCCGCGAUCGACUUCUGGCCCGUUUGUUCCGCUAUCGUAAAGACGCCGAAGUCUCGCGGUUGUCGACUGAUGAAGACUAUGCUCUGCUUUAUGCGUAUAUUCUUGUGAUUGGACAAUUGUCCGUCGAGAUUGAGGAAAUAAUGGACGAGAUCAGUCGACUGUUUGGGGUUCUCAUUCUCCUUCCCCCCCUUCCCCACCCCCCCGGCUUCGCGCAGCCAGUCGCGCCCUCUACAAGCCUCAAAAUCAUGCAGAUCGACCCGGCUGCUCUGAGUCGAACGGACUCUGCCUCGACUACGAUCCCGUCGUCCAAGAGUACUGCUCCCAGUGCUCCAGCGACCCAGAAGUCAACCAAGGCGCUGAUUUCCGUUCCGCGCUUGGACCUCGAACCCAUCUAUACAGAGCUGAAAGCUGCCAUCGGCGACAAUUGGGCUGAGUAUAAAGAGGCCAUCACACUCUUUCUUUUAGGGCAGCUAAAUCAAAGCGAAAUCUCCGCGCGCGUCGACCAUAUAAUAUGCGCCGAUCAGAAGACAGAGCAUCUCCAUAACAAUUUCAUAUGUGCAAUUAUUGGAAACCUCACGAGAGACCUACCAGACCAUGGCGUUGCAAGCUGGGUAUCGGCGAACGAUAAACCAUCGGUGGUUUCGAAGCCGACCUCGGGCGAUGCAGCGGAGCAAAGACUUAAGACGGAAGUUAUGCAAUUGCCCCCCAGAGAUCGGCGGAGAGUCAAGGCAAUUCCAGAGCGCGACCCCGAUGAAACCGUGCCCAGUGAGCUGGAGGAAUACCAUCUGGCGAAACAGAUCAAGUUGCCUAGUCAAGUACCAGCGAGCGCGGGUGGCUUGAAUAAGACGAAUUGGGAGCUAGAAAUCCGAAAGCGCUAUGCGCAGCCCUUAGCAUCUGAGACUGGAGAGUUUCCGGACGCAGAGUCUAUACACGCCCGCAUGAUCCCAAUCUGCUACGAAGAAUCCAUUGUAAGUGGGGCAGGCUUCCCCUGCGCCGAGUUCAUGGCAAUUGCUACGGAGACAUUUGUGAAGGAAGUCCUCUCCGUCGUCUUUUCACGAACCCGGUCUAAUGGUCCAUCCGGAACGAUCAAUGGUAUGAUGAUGCGCAAAUACCGGCAACAACUUGAACGAGAAGAGCUUGCGUUUACACGCGGAGAGAUUGUCAAAGACGCCGCUACUGGUUUGCUCCCUGUUGAAGCUAAAGAGGCAAGCAUCAGGAAACCUCUAGGGAUCCGAGAUCUUCGGUUAGCCUUGGAGCUUGGGGGAGGACUUCUUAGUCAUAUGCCUUUGAUCGUGGAUCAGAUCAUGGGUGGCUAUCUCGAGGACGAACUGGAGAUCGACAAGCAAGACCGAGUCGACGAGGCGGCGGAAACGACUAAUGGCACCACGAGGUUGAACACCUUGACAGACGAAAUGGAAAUCGACGAUGUGGAAUCAGAUUGGGAGGGGGGUACAUUAGCAGAACGCAAUCAAUUAGGCGCCUUGCUCGACGACUGCCUGUCUAUGGCCGCGUGA